AUGCAACUUCCGGCACCUGUCAGGGCGAGACUUCAGGAGCAGUUCAGCGACAAACUGCGGGAUCUGAACGAGAUCUACCUGCAGCUGGGAAGAUGGCCCGAAGCAGUGUUUGCGAAUCCGCAUACUGGACAGCUGUACAGAGAGCCACUUGCUCAAGUGAAUUGCGAGCAGAGCGACAUCGCGCUGUUUGCAGAGAUGUUCUCCAAGACGCACACGGGUUCACUCCUUGCCACUAGAAGGAUUGGAAUCGAUGGGACCCUUCACAGGCUUUCUGUCAUCUUGUCUCACCGCACGAGCUCUGAGGGAGUUCCAUCAGUGAUCGGAGUCACUGCCCGCGUUGGCAAGACUGUAGAAGGAACGCUGGAUUCCCUUGCCCCCGACUUGCUGCAGAGCACAGGAAGCGUGCUGCUGAUUGGAAGGCCGAACUCUGGAAAGACUACAUGUCUGAGGGAGUUUGCAAGAAGGCUGUCAGAAGAUAAGAAUCAGAUCGUUGUGGUCGUUGACAAGACCUGUGAGAUCGGCGGUGAUGGUAUUGUUCCACAUCCGGCCAUUGGAAAUGCUCGAUGGCUCCCAGUCGAAACACUCAAGAAAGAUGGACAAAUGUUCAAUCUGCAGCAUGAGAGAAUGCGCGAAGCUGUAGAAAAUCAGAGCCCACAUGUUGUCAUCGUUGACGAGAUAUCCUCUGCGACCGAGGUGGAAGCAAUUCGUACGAUGAGUCAGAGAGGUAUCCGGAUCAUCGCUGCAGUACAUGGAGGAACCUUGCCGAUGCUUCUGCAUGAUCCAGAUCGAGCUGCGCUUACCGGCGGCUGCCAUACAGUUUUGCUCAGCGGAGAAGAAGCAAACAAGAGGAAAGACAAACAGAAAUCCGUCCUGAUGAGAAUGCAUGAGCCGAUGUUUCAGAUGGCAGUCGAGAUGCAUGAGAGGAAUCGCUGGAUCCUUCACAGGAAUGUUCGGCAUGCUGUCGACUGUUACUUCAAACGACAGGUUGUUGGACAGAGUCUUGUUUUUGAUUGCAUCACGAUAUUCUACUGUGUCGUUGUUGGAUUGCUCCAUUCGUGCUGA